GGCGAGGAGCCCAGCGACCGCUGGUAACAUGUGGUCGUGUUAUGAUUUGCGUGUGCCCUUGAGCGAGCAUAUCCGAGAGAGACGGGCCUCGAGAAAAAUGUGGGAGGGUGCGCCGCCCCCGAUUCGAAACUACAUUUACCAGAAUGGAACCUAUUAUUGAUGAUGUCAAAGACACUAGUGAUGAAGACACCCCAGAAGUUGUAGAACUAGAUGAUGACGGUGAAAAGGAUGUGGAAAUGGAAGAUAUAAAAGUAAAAGAGGAAAAAACAGAUCCAGGUCCUGCAGCUGUAAAAAAAGUAAAAAAAAAAGGUGGAGCUCAAAAGUUUGCAGUUUGGGUUGGAAACAUUCCUUAUACGGCCAAAGAAGAAGAAAUAAGAGAACAUUUUAAGAAGCUCAAUGAUGAUAUCGUGAAAAUUUCCUUAUUUAAAUUUGCAAGAGGAACAUCAAAAGGCUGUUGUCUCAUUGAGUUUAAUAAAAAGGAUGCUUAUGAGAAGGCAUUGAAGAUGAACAAGACCGACAUGGGAGGACGGCCAAUUAAGGUGCAACACAGCGAGACAUAUAAAAAUGUGAAGAAGAGUGAAUACGAAUUAGACUUGCAGAUGAAGAAACGAAAAAUCUUGGGAGAAAAGAAAAGAAUAAAGCAGAGUAGAUGGAAAAUAAGAAGGAUUCCUAGUAAAAUCAAGAAAAUGAAAUUAUAAGAUAAAAUUUGCAAUAUAAAGUUGUUAGUUUGGA